UCAUCACAUAACCAUGGCAGAUCAAGGGAAAAAAGAAGUGGCAAAUACGCCAUUCAAAUCGCCCACUUAUCAUCCAGCAUCAACAUCCACUAACCCAACGACACGAAAAUCAUCACAUAGAAGACCAAACAGUCGUGGAUCGUUAUCCCUCUCGAGAACAGCAAGUCAUUUAGAGGUGUAUGAUGCAGAAACACGUUCUGUAGAUGGCGAAUUUGGAGGUCAUUCACGUUCAAGACAUGAAGAUUAUCCGCAUUUACAUCAUAGUGACUCAAGAAUAUCCACCAAACAACAAUCAAAAGAAGGAUUGGGAGAGUAUGAAAAGCGUGAUAGAUUACAAAGAGCAGAAGAUCAAGAAAUUUUGGCUGAUGUGCAAAGUGGACAUAGCGGUGAAUCAGUUCUAGAAACAUAUGAAGGCGAUAGAGUCGGUCAACAAUCACCCCACUCUGAUGGAGAACAAAGCACAAACGAUUCCAGUCAUUUAGAGAAAGGAAAAGUGGACGAAAAAGAUGACGGGGAAGAAGAACAUCACGAUGACGACUUGGUCACUUGGGAUUCGCCGGAGUCAAUGGAAAAUCCAAGAAAUUGGACGCUGCAUAGACGGUGGGCUGUUAUCGCAAUCGUAUCUUCCUAUACAUUCUUAAGUCCAUUGUCAUCUUCAAUGAUCGCACCUGCAUUGCCACUUAUAAGUCAACAAUUUAACAUUACUUCAACCGUUGAAGAAUCUUUAAUGUUAUCAGUCUUCGUUUUGGCUUAUGCAAUAGGACCAAUGCUUUUAGGUCCACUUUCGGAAAUGUUUGGAAGACGAUUAGUUUUACAAAUUUCAAAUCUUUUCUUUAUCGCUUUUACAGUCGCUUGUGCUGUUGCUCAAAAUCGUAUUCAAUUAUCCAUCUUUCGUUUCUUUGCCGGUUUGGGUGGAAGUGCGCCACUAUCCAUUGGAGGAGGAACAGUUUCAGAUUUGAUGGCUCCCGAUGAACGUGGAACGGCUAUGUCUGUUUACAGUUUGGGACCUUUGCUUGGACCUGCCAUCGGCCCCAUCAUUGGAGGCUGGGUUGUUGAAAGAACAGGAAAUUGGAGAUGGAUCUUUGGAAUCGCUUGCAUUGCCGCAGGAGUGACGGCGGCAAUUGGAGUGAUGAUCCUUCCCGAAACGUAUGCACCAAGAAUAUUAGCCAUCAAAGCACGUAAACUAAGAAAAGAAACAGGAAAUCCAAAAUUACACACAAUCUUUGAUAGAAAAGGAACAACGUUUAUCACAAGAUUAGAACAUAAUAUGAUCAGACCUUUUAUCAUGAUUACCACACAACCAAUCAUUAUCAUUUUAUCGUUGUAUAUGAUGAUCAUGUACGGUACCAUGUAUUUGGUCUUGACAACUUUCGAAAGCGUUUUUAGAACGGUUUAUCACGAAUCGACGGGUAUCGCAAGUUUGAAUUAUAUCAGUCUUGCUUUAGGUUUCACUUGCGGAGGUCAAAUUGGUGGUCGAAUGAUCGAUCGAUUUUACAAAAAAUUACGAGAGAAAAACGGAGGAAAAGGAAUUCCGGAAUUCAAAUUACCCGUAAUGAUGGCAACUUGUUGGUGUUUACCAGCCGGUUUGAUCAUUUACGGUUGGAGUGCACAAUAUGCCGUUCAUUGGAUCGUUCCAAACAUUGGUGCUGUUUUACUAGCAAUCGGAAUGCUAACAAACUUUCAAUGUAUUCAAAAUUAUGCUGUUGACAGCUUUGGUUUAAUUUCUGCAAGUGCCCUGGCCGCUCUUGUCUUCUUACGAAGUUUAGCAGGUUUCGCACUACCGUUGGCUGGACCGACGAUGUAUGCGAAACUUGGAUAUGGAUGGGGAAAUACAGUCCUAGCUUUCAUCUCAGCAGCUGUGGGCAUCCCAGCACCAUUCCUCCUUUUCAAACUCGGUCCCGCCCUACGAAAGGCGAGCAAAUAUGCCAAAGAAGGCUAAAAAAGGGCCAAACAAAAAGAUCAUGUCAAUAAUGAAGUACGACCUUUUUCAUGUACAUCUAUACAAUUUUUCAUUAAAUUCAACCAUGAGGUU